AUGUCUACCAAGAACCUCAGCAUAUCCUCAAGCUUUUCGCUCGUGAAUUCCAACCACAAGAUUCCCCAACUCGGCUUCGGCGUCUACCAAUCGCCCCCAGACGUAUGUGUCGCGUCGUGCAAGACCGCUCUCGAAGCCGGCUACCGCCACAUCGACACAGCCCAGUACUACGAAAACGAAGCCGAAGUCGGACGCGCACUCCAAGAAUCCAAUGUUCCCCGUGAGCAAGUCUACAUCACGACUAAGAUUCUCUUCGCGGGCGAUGACGCAGCCUCGACGUACGAGAAGCUCGUGGAAAGCGUGGAGAAGCUGGCUGGCAGGCAUGGAUACGUGGAUUUGUUCCUGAUUCACAGCCCGAAUUUCGGCGCGGAGAAGCGCAAGUUGAUGUGGAAUGCGCUUGAGAAGUUGAAGCAAGAGGGCAGGACGAGGGAUAUUGGUGUUAGUAACUAUGGAAUCGGACAGAUCAAGGAAAUCGCAUCGAUUGCUACAUCGGACAAAGUUCCAGCCGUCAACCAGAUCGAGCUCCACCCCUGGUGCCAACAACGCGCCGUCGUAAAAUACUGCCAAGAAAACAACAUCGCAAUCGAAGCCUACUGCCCCAUCGUCCGCAACCAAAAAGCCACGGACAAAACCCUCGUCAGCAUCGCUGAGAAACACAGGGUCGAGCCCAACCAGGUGCUCAUCCGCUGGAGUCUGCAAAAGGGUUUUAUCCCCUUGCCCAAGAGCGAUUCGCCGAGCCGGAUCGCGAAGAAUGCAGAUGUGUUUGGGUUUGCGCUGGACGAGCGGGAUAUGGAGAUGUUGGAUGAGUUGGAUGAAGGGGACAAGGGCGCGAUUGUGCAGGCGGUUGUGAAUGAGUAG